CGCGGCGGCCUGGCGGGCGUCCCCUGAGGGCGCGCUGGACCUCUGGUGCGUGUGUUCCAAGGACAUGCGUCCUUAUAGCCGAAUGGAACCCGCCGUGGGGCUGCCCAGAGUCCUUAUUCCUCCUUCAGACCCGUCCGACCGGGCUCCCUCCUCCUCGGCCUCCGGGAAGGCUGCCGGGUCGUGUCCGCGACUGCACCCGGGGAGCUCCUGUCACCGCACCUGCCUCGGACACGGCCCCUCCCUGUCCGAGACGCGCCGUUCCAGCCCCGCGCGCUGGGCGCCCCGGCCUCCGGCCUGGCUGCUUUGUUUCUUUUAUCUUUGUUCACCCCUUAAUCGUCCCCUGUGUGAGACUAUCCUCCCCCACGGUGUCGCCGGCCCAGCACUGCUAGCUUGGGCCUCUCUCUCCUGGCCUCCAGCUGCCUCAGCACGCCUUCUGGGUUGUCCGGGGAGCCCCUUAAACCCAACACACCCAAACCAGGGUGCGCUCUGCUGCACACCUGCCUGCCCUGGAAACCUGCUCCCGUUCCCGUCUCUUCCAUCUGGCUUCCUGGCGGUCAUGGUACCAUUGGGCUAAAAACAGGGCUGUCAUUCUUGGUUCCUGUUUAAUUUCCACCCUAUUUCAGGAUCCCUCAGUGGGUCUGGUGGUUCGUCUUCAAAGCAAGUCUGGAACUGGCACCAGCCACCCGUCGACUUCCUGACUGGCAGGACCCUCCCAGGGGCCUCUUGCUUCCGGGCUUUCUCAGCUCCCUGCCCGGUUGGGAGUCCGAAGAGCUUGUCUUCAACCCUCCAGUAGCUGGAGCUGCGGAGGCUCCUUGUGAGGUCUGGUGCUCAGGGGUUCGGGGUCACCUUUGAGCCAGCGCUGGCUCUGCUCCCCAGGUCUCUGCUGUUGCUGCCUGAGCCUGCAGGAUGUUUCAUGGGAUUCCAGCCACUCCGGGUGUGGGAGCCUCCGGAAACAAGCCCGAGCUGUACGAGGAAGUGAAGCUGUACAAGAAUGCCCGGGAGCGGGAGAAGUAUGACAACAUGGCGGAGCUGUUCGCAGUUGUGAAGACGAUGCAGGCCCUGGAGAAGGCAUACAUCAAGGACUGUGUCACCCCCAACGAGUACACGGCGGCCUGCUCCCGGCUUCUGGUCCAGUACAAAGCCGCCUUCCGGCAGGUUCAGGGCUCAGAGAUCAGCUCCAUUGAUGAGUUUUGCCGCAAGUUCCGUCUGGACUGCCCGCUCGCCAUGGAGAGGAUUAAGGAGGACCGGCCCAUCACCAUCAAGGACGACAAGGGCAACCUCAACCGCUGCAUCGCGGAUGUUGUCUCGCUCUUCAUCACAGUGAUGGACAAGCUGCGCUUGGAGAUCCGGGCCAUGGAUGAGAUCCAGCCUGACCUACGGGAGCUAAUGGAGACUAUGCACCGUAUGAGCCACCUGCCCCCCGACUUUGAGGGCCGCCAGACAGUCAGCCAGUGGCUGCAGACCCUGAGCGGCAUGUCAGCAUCCGACGAGCUGGACGACUCCCAGGUGCGCCAGAUGCUCUUCGACCUGGAGUCGGCCUACAACGCCUUCAACCGCUUCCUGCACGCCUGAGUGUGUAGCCUCCUGCCCCAGCUGUGCAUGGAGGAGGGGACACUCGGGGGCCCGCUGGAGGGCCUCAGCCUCCCACGAUGGUUCCUGCUUCCCUCAGACACCCGACCCCCUGGACAGUCCGUGCAACUCCUACUGCCCAUAGCAGCCCCAUCUGUGUGUCCAUCCAUGGUGUCUUGACCCCAGAAGCCACUCUCCCCUUUCCCACAAUAAAGAUGCUUUCUGACCUC